AUGAGCCCCAUCUCGUCGCUCAAGAAUGAGGCGAGCGAGGCCAAGGAGGCGUCCAAGGAGGUUUGGCACUUUACGCGCACGCACAACUGGAAGAAGUCAGCUCGCAACUCGUUUCGGAUGAAGUACUUCUGGUACUGGUUCGUCGGCAUCAUUCUCGUAGCCUUCGCCGUCGUCGUCGCCAUCUACCGCGAUCCCAUCGUUAGUGUGAGUCGAUCGCAACAGGCCCCAAGUUGUUGGCUGGCUCGUCGCGUCGCGCUCGGCCCGGGCUCAAGCUGUGUGUCGGUUGGCGAGGCUCCGAGGCCACGUCAGGGCCAUCAGGGCCACGAACAGCAAGAUGUCGGUGACUGACACUUGUCGAAUGCUCUCAACAGUGGUUUGAACCGAGAAAACACAACAUCGUCAACCUCCCGGCGAGCUGGGCCAUUCCCGUCGCCAUCCUCGUCGUCCUGUCGUUCCCACCGCUGGGAGGCCACGAAAUCGUACUCCUGGUCGUCGGACUCAUUUGGGGCAUCUGGAUCGGGUUCGCGAUCGCAUGCGCCGGCACCUUCAUCGGCGAGCUGGCCUGUUUCUUUGCGUUCAAAUACUUCUUCACCGAAAAGGCGCGCAAGGUCGAACACAAGUCCAUCUUCUAUGCCUGCCUCGCUCGGCUCAUGCGCGACGGUGGGGUGUGGAUCGUCGCCGUCGUGCGGUUCUCGGCGAUUCCGGGCCACGUCGUGACCGCACUGCAGUCGACGGUCGGGAUGCCCUUGUGGCGCUAUUCGAUCGCCGUCAUCAUCUCGCUGCCCAAGCAACUCGCGAUCGUCUACCUCGGAGUCAUGUUCGGCGAGACCAAGGACACCAGCAACCAGGCCUCGAUCGACAAGCAGCGGAGGAUCUCGCUCGGCGUAUUCUUCGGAACGGCGAUCGCGACCGUGCUCGCGCUCUACAUCGUCUACAUGCGAGCUCGGAAGUUGUAUCCGGUCGUGAUGGCCGAGGCCGAGGAACGCAGGGCACUCGCCGCCGCCGAGCUGGGAGAGAACCCUCCGCGGUCGGACCCACAUGAUCCCACCCUCAUAGGUGCGGCAUGGGAUGGCGAAUCGAUAUCGUCCGAUCUGGAUCAGGGCAAGGACCGAGUGUUCAGUGCCGGUCCGCACAGCUACGUGCUGCCCGCGCGAGGGCGGCCGGUCAACUUUGAUGAUCCGCACCAACUUACGGACCCGAUAGGGUACGGGCAAUCACCGUAUGCGCCGCCAGCCCAGACCCCGGCCGAGUGGACCGACGUCGAAGCGAGGGAACGAUGGGAGGCUGAGAACCAGCAGCAAGGGGGAUACAACAACGGCCCGCCGCAGGGUCACUACGGCGCACCGCAUCAGAUCGCUCGUGUCUCACUACCGCGGCUCGAUUCGUACCCACCCAACUCGAACCCGAGCACGACAAGCUUUACACAUCUACCGCUGCAAGGUUCGGACUACAACCAACCUUACCAACACCCGUACGCGCGGUGA